AUGUCGUUACUCUCGGUCCCCGUUUCGUUAUUGGCCAUCGCCUUUCAUUCUCUCACGGUAGCAGCCGAUACCACAGCAGUCACUUAUUCACCCUAUAUGGAACCAAGCUGCUACCUAACCUCUGGUAAUAUCAGCAUCCCUAAUAAUGGAAGUUGCUAUGCACUGGGCAAGUCGAAUGUUCAAAGUAUGAACCUGUAUCAAAGAGUUGGUUGUGACGAGAGUGAAUUGGAAUUACAAGCAAUAUUUUACCAGACCCCUACAUGUGACGGAGAACCGCUCAGAGCGUUUACAAAUAUUAGUACAGACAACGCCUGUAUUGAGCUUGGUGUGGCAUUUAAUCCGGAGAGUGUUUAUGUUAUCUGUGUUCAAGACUUUGAUCGAUUGUAA